UCCCCUUCCCAGGCAGGAAUCAAGAAUCAAGAUCUCCCACCGGGCCCACCAGCCUUCCUCCCUCCUAUAAAUACUCUACACCAUCUUACUACCGUACUCGGCCGGUAUCCCCACCCCAGCCUUCUUCGUUUCCCCCUCCCCCAGCCGCAAAACUGAAAACUGCUUUCUCAUCGUAGGAGAGCAUUCCAACUAUGGUGGACGUCGACCGUCGCAUGGCCGGAUUCCCGGCGAGCCACGCCGCCGGUCUACGCCGCCUCUCCACUCGUGCGGCAACCAACUCCUCCUCCCCCGCCGCCCACCGCAACGGCCUCCAAUCUUUCUCCCCUCUCGCCGACGCAAUCAUCUCCCACCUCCGCGCUUCCGGUGUUUCCAUCCUCCCAGGCCUCUCCGACGCCGAGUUCGCUCGCAUCGAGGCGGAGUUCGCCUUCGCUUUCCCCCCGGACCUCCGCGCAGUGCUGUCACUGGGACUGCCCUGUGGCCCCGGAUUUCCUGAUUGGCGCUCCCGAUCACGCAUCCGCGCCUCCAUCGAUCUUCCCCUAGCAGCUGCUUCCCUCCAGAUCGCCCGUGGAAACUUCUGGCCCCGAUCAUGCCCAGAUCGUGCACUACCUGUUGCUCGAUCAGUCCUCCGUCGAGCUCCACUUCUGAUCCCGCUCUUUGAUCGCUGCUACAUCCCCUGUCGACCGUCUCUUGCCGGUAACCCCGUCUUCUUUGUCGACGAAACGCACGUUCUCUGCUGCGGAUUCGACCUUCCUGAUUUCUUCCGCCGUGAUUCCUCGUUUCGUUCUCCGGAUCGCUCUCUACGGCGUCAAAAAUCAGCAAGUGCCGCUGCCGAUAAGCCCCCGCUACCUCCUCUUCCGCCUCACGCUACUCGACGCAGCUUGGAUUCGAUAGCCGGUAAGGCCCCUCGUUGGAUCGAGUUCUGGAGCGACGCUGCAUCGGAUCGUCGCCGGCGUAACUCUUCCAGCUUCUCAUCGUCGUCGACAUCGUCUCCGAUGCUCGAUGUUUCGGAGAAGACCCCCCCAUCGAGGGUGCCGGAAUGGGUAGAGAGCUACCUCGGCCGAAUAGGGUCGGUUCUGAGGCUAGGCGGAUGGGGGGAGUCCGACGUAAACGAGAUGGUCGAUUCAUCUUCCAAUUCCGGUGGCUUGGCCGGGAUGAUCGACGAUGAGGCGGUACUAGAUGCGCUCCUUUUGAAGGCGGACAGGUGCUCGGACUCGCUGCGUCGUGCAGGAUGGAGCUCUGAGGAAAUUUCUGAUACGCUCUGCUUUGAUUUCCGGCGGGAGCGCCGGGAACGGCGGCCUGCGCUGAAGUUACCGCCGGGAAUCGAGUCGAAGAUCGUCAAGCUCGCCGAGGCAGUUUCGAGAUCCUGAUCUUCCCAGUUCGUCGAUCGAGUAGUGAUUAUCUGUUUACUGAUUUUCUCUUCUGGUUUACCCCUUUCCGUCCUCAGCACCCUCUUUUUUUUCUCGCUUUUAGAGAAAUGCAAUAUCAAAAACAGAAAUAAGUAUAUCUUGAAAUGUAAUAUAUGUAUAAAAAUAUAGAUUGACUGGCACAUUAAUAUUCAAAA